UUAGUAUUUUUUCAUAGCGUUUCGCUAGCUAUUUAAGCUAACUGGGGUUAAAAUGUCAAACGUUAAACCCAGUAAAGAAGGACCACAGGAGGGUCUCGGCUUCUCUUUAACCAAGGCAGUGGAGGAUGUCAGUCAUCACAGCUUCCUCCAGAGUGAGGCCCUGAAAGAGAAGCAGAAGAAACUCAGCUACCUGCAGGCCACUCUCUGUGAUGUUGAGACAAAGGGUGAGAUGGCAGAGCAAGAGCUAAGAUGUAAAGUGAGGGAGACCCUGGUGCUGGAGAGCGACGUGGAGCAUCUGGAGAGACACACUAGAGUCCUGCAGGAUCGCUGUGCAUCCAUCUGCAAAGAAAACACAGAACUUCAGAUUCUUAUAUUCGAGGAGGAGGAGAGUGCUCGCUUGGUGCUGGCAGGGUUCAACACCUACCGAAACAAGAUGGAGGGUCACAGGGCAGCUGUCAUGCAUGCUGCGAGCCAGACUGAGGCCCAUAAAGAGCUGGAGGAGAAGCGAGCACUGGUCCGGAUGUUGAAACAGAAGAAAGAGGAGCUGAAGAAAGACCUGGAGAACUCAAAUGGGAAAAAAGCACAUGUGGCAAAGCGAGAAAAUGAAUCUCAGAAGGAGGAGAUCUCUGUGAUGAGGAGGAUCAUCGCUGAGAAGACAGAACGGUUACUAAAAGAGUUUCAGACUCAUACCCAGAUGAAGAAAGACACAGAGAUCCAGAACCGACGCCAUGAUGCCAUCGUUAAACGCCUCCACUGUCAACUGAGCAGAGCCCAGGCUGCCCACAGGCAAAUGUCUGAAGACAUCUACCACAUGGAGAUACAGCUCGCUGAGCUCAAGAGGCAGCAGGAGUCGUCAUAGGAAUCAGUCAGUGGCCACUCAACUAAUUUAUAAUACUCUUUCAUUACUGUGUUACUGUUACUACAUCUGAACAGCAGGGGGCAGCAGUGUUCACUAAAUCUGUUUGACUUUACCACAAAACCCUCACUUAGAUUUUUAUAGACUGUUAGUUUAUUAGUAUAGUGUUUAAUGAGUGAUAUUUUCGAAUUAAAAAUGUGUCAGGGACGAAACAGCGGAGGUGUUAAUGUAAAUAUUUGCCUGUUUUCGCAUCUUCUAAUUCCACAAAGUGACGGCACAUAGCAUGUUUAACUUUUUAGAGGCAGUUCUGAUCAGUGGCAACAUCAGCACUGACUUUUAGGUCAGGUCCAAUAUGUGUCCACAACAGUGACCGUCCGCAGAGCAAAAGCAAAGUGUCCAAACUGUCUGCGUGCUGGUGGUGGUGGUGUUGUGGAACAUGAUGUUCCAAAUGUCUGCUUCACUGGGUCACUUGAUGCUCUGCGAAGUGACAGUCCUACUGCUGGCUAACAAGGGCGUGACUGUGCUACUUCAGCUGCAGCUCCCAACUAAUUAAACGAUAAAAAUACCUUCUCUGAAAAUGCAUCAUCGGCCCCUGAACUGUUAUAAUAUUACAAAAUUUUUUUUUUUUUUUUUUUAUUAGGUCAGUGUUCAACAACCAAGAAAAGUCAUGCAAUUGUAUUCUUUG